CCUAGGAGUGUCAUGUAACAACUUAAAAUUUUCAUGUGAAAACAGAAAAUGGCUUCAAGAGGAACAACAGAGACCAGUAAACUAAAACAAAACUUGGAAGAGCAGUUGGAUAGAUUAAUGCAACAGCUUCAAGAUCUGGAGGAAUGCAGAGAGGAGCUAGAUGCAGAUGAGUAUGAAGAGACCAAAAAAGAAACUUUAGAACAGCUGAGUGAGAUCAAUGACUCGCUGAAGAAGAUUAUGUCUGGAGAUAUGACUUUAGUGGACGAGCUCAGCGGGAUGCAACUGGCAAUACAAGCAGCCAUCAGCCAAGCAUUUAAAACUCCAGAAGUAAUUAGAAUGUUUGCAAAGAAACAACCAAAGCAAUUAAGGACAAGGUUGGCAGAGAUGGACCGAGACUUAAUGGUUGGGAAGUUGGAACGAGAUCUAUAUACUCAGCAGAAAGUGGAAAUCCUGACUGCCCUCAGAAAGCUUGGUGAGAAGCUCACGCCAGAGGAGGAGAUGUUCUUGUCAGCAAAUGCUGGUGCAGCCCUGAGCCAGUUUGAGAGAGUCUCCACUGGCCUUGGAUCAGGAGACAAAGUCUUUGCUCUAGCAAGUUUUGAAGUAGAAAAGGCAAAACAAUGAAGAGGUGCGUGAGGCUUGGGUCUCUCCAGUUAUCAGCAGCAUUGGACUUCUGUCAUAUGCAUUUGUUUUUUUCUAUUUUUAACAAAACCCAAACCCUAAACCUCUUGGGUUCUUAACCAGAAGAUAUGAAGUAAACAGCCUAAGUGCACUUUGGAACCUUGGUGUCUAUACCCUUAGUAAUAUAAGCUCUGAGGCUGAACACUAAGUGGUACUCUAAAAACAGAAGCAUGGUAUGACUGUCUUUGGAAAUAAUUGGCUAUUCUGAACUUUUCAGAAUGUGUAUUUCUCUAUUAAAACAUGAUCUUUUUGC